AGGAUGGGUGAUGCUAAAUGCUCCCUCAUUAGACAACAGACACGAGAGGUCAGGAAGAAACCGCUUAUAAAUUACCGUUUCCUCCCUCGCAGCCCGGCUAGUUGGACUGCGACGCGGAGCAGGACGCACGCUCCAGGCACCCAGCGCUCUCAGACGCCGGUUCCUUGACAAAAGCAGCGGCGGGCAGCAGCGGCAGCGGCGACGGCGGCAGCGGCGGCAGCGGCGACGGCGGCAGCGGCGACGGCGGCAGCACCAGCUACGGCCACAGCGGCGGCUGCAGCGGCAGGUAGCAUUGUCGCGGCUGCUGGAACCGGGACGCGGGGAGGACGAGCCGAGGGAAGGAAGAAAAAGAAAAAUACCCAUUUUGAAGAGACUUCUAAAUAAAACGAAGGAAUGGCAACCAAGGAAAAACUUCAGUGUUUGAAAGAUUUUCACAAAGACAUCUUGAAGCCUUCCCCUGGCAAGAGUCCAGGAACCCGGCCUGAAGAUGAGGCCGAAGGGAAGCAACCACAGAGGGAGAAGUGGUCAAGCAAGGUUGAUUUUCUGCUGUCCGUGGCAGGCGGUUUUAUCGGGUUAGGUAACGUCUGGCGUUUCCCGUAUCUCUGCUAUAAAAAUGGCGGAGGUGCAUUUCUUGUACCUUACUUCAUUUUCUUGUUUGGCGGCGGCUUACCUGUGUUUUUCCUGGAGGUUGUUAUAGGCCAGUAUACCUCUGAAGGUGGGAUUACUUGCUGGGAAAAGAUCUGCCCUCUUUUUAGUGGCAUCGGUUAUGCCUCCAUUGUGAUUGUGUCCCUCCUGAAUGUGUAUUACAUCGUCAUCCUGGCAUGGGCUCUCUACUACCUGUUUGACUCGUUUCAGAAAGAGCUCCCCUGGUCCCUCUGCAAUCAGAAGUGGAACACCCCGAAUUGCUUGGAAGACUACCUGAGACAGAACAGGACGUUAAUGGCCUUCAAUUUCACAAACUACACCUCACCUGUCAUCGAAUAUUGGGAGCGAAAAGUGUUGAGCCUGUCCAAGGGCAUUGGUGAUGCUGGCGCUCUGAAGUGGGACCUGGCCCUCUGCCUCCUCUUGGUCUGGAUAAUUUGUUUCUUCUGCAUUUGGAAAGGAAUCAAGUCAACUGGGAAAGUUGUAUACUUCACAGCCACAUUCCCUUUCCUCAUGCUUUUCGUGCUGUUGUUACGAGGAGUCACUCUGCCUGGAGCUGCCUCUGGCAUCAAGUUUUAUCUGUAUCCUGAUGCCUCUCGUUUGGUAGAUCCACAGGUCUGGAUUGAUGCUGGGACCCAAAUCUUCUUUUCCUAUGCUAUCUGCUUGGGGGCAAUGAUCUCGCUGGGAAGCUAUAACAGCUACAAAUACAACUGCUACAGGGACUGUAUGCUGCUGGGAUGCCUGAACAGUGGUACCAGUUUUGUGUCUGGCUUCGCAAUUUUUUCCGUCCUGGGCUUCAUGGCACACGAACAAGGGGUGGACAUUGCAGAUGUGGCCGAGUCAGGUCCAGGCUUGGCCUUCAUUGCCUACCCGAAAGCUGUGUCGUUGAUGCCGCUACCCACGUUUUGGGCCAUUCUUUUUUUUAUUAUGCUUCUGUUGCUUGGACUGGAUAGCCAGUUUGUUGAAGUUGAAGGACUGAUCACAUCAUUGGUUGAUCUGUACCCAUCCUUCCUAAGGAAGGGUUACCGACGGGAAAUCUUCAUUGCUAUAGUGUGUAUCCUUAGCUACUUUCUGGGCCUUACUAUGGUGACUGAAGGUGGCAUGUAUGUGUUUCAACUCUUUGACUACUAUGCAGCUAGCGGUGUAUGCCUCUUGUGGGUUGCAUUCUUUGAAUGUAUUGCUAUUUCCUGGGUAUAUGGAGCUGAUCGUCUUUAUGAUCGCAUUGAGGAGAUGAUUGGAUAUAGACCUAGCCCUUGGAUGAAAUGGAGCUGGUGUGCCAUCACACCAAUUCUUUGCGUUGGAUGCUUCAUCUUCUCUCUGGUUGAGCAUACACCACUGACCUACAACAAGGGGUAUGUCUACCCCAAAUGGGCUAUUGGCCUAGGCUGGUGCUUGGCCCUCUCUUCCAUGCUAUGCAUCCCCUUAAUGGUGAUUAUCCGGAUUGCCCAGUCAAGUGGAUCGCUCAUUGAGAGGAUAAAGGCAGCAACAGUUCCUAAGCAUGUGCAUCGGUGGAACCAUGAGCCUGAGGGGUCCACACCGUUCUGUUCCAGGGAUAACUCAAAUGGCAACCUCAUGAAACCCACCCAUAUCAUUGUGGAGACCAUGAUGUGAGCUCUCUCUGUGAGAGGAGAAACCUGCUUUAACUGCCGUUUACUAACCUUAGAUUCUCAUAGUACCAGGUUUACAGAGCUUUAUAUUUGCACUAGGAUUGGAUUUUUUGUUUUGUUUUGUUUUUCCUUAGUUGUUUUUUUCAUUCUCACAGAGAAAGUUAUUUUUCAUGUGUGCGCACGUGUGUGUGUUGUAUUUUUUUUAAAGACUAUUUUAUAAGGUAACCACAUGCAGACGUCUCCAAGGAGACUGAGCUUUCAUAUCAAAUUAGACGUAUUACAGGAAUUUAUUAAUUUUUUAUACCUAGCUAUGAUUAUACACCUUUACCACUUGAAUCAAUCUUCUUGCCAGCAAUAUAUUCAGUUUCUAAAGCAAUCUCCAGGUGCUGGUGUGGAUGGGUUGUGCACAAGAACUCUAGGGUAAACUUUAUCCCAAAGAGCAAAAUGAAACGCUAUUAUGAGCAUUUCAAAGGUGUAGUACCUUCUGAGUGUGGUUCAGAGCAGAACAAACGACAGGUGGAGAGGACCUGGGCAGCCCACCAUGUUGACCAUGGUUGGCCAAGGCCACAUUGGCCGGGGCCAUGUUAGAAGGAGUGAAGGAGGCAUUGGAAGUGAAGCCAAUAAAACGUUGGAUGUUGGAGCUUCAUUAAUCGAUGUAUUUGUAGCUGAGGAGAGAGAUGCACACACACACACACACACACACACACAAACAAAAUAAGACUGAGAGUGAAACAGGAGACCUGCACCCCCCACAAAAUCAAUAAAAGACUUUCUAAGAGUAGUAAGAGCCCCUGUUUCAGGUAAUUCUUUUUGAAUAAAGUCAAAAAAAGGAAUCAUAAUCUAGCCUUUUGGAAAUUUGCAUUAAAAAAAAUUACCUUAUAGUCUCAAAUAAUUGAAUUGAAUGCAGUGAUCAUACUUUAAAAUUAGAAACCAUUAAAGAUAUUGUAGCCCUCUAAUAUUUACUUAUCAGUAGCAAAGAUCUUCCCCUCACUUAAAUUUUGUUUAGCAAGCCAUUUUGCUAGAUUGGCUCCUCCUUCUAUCCCAAUAGAGUCAGACUCCCCAGCCUUCGUGGCUGGGCUAGGAAUAAAGGAUGGCAAAUUGUAGGGACCAGGACUCUUGGUGGGGUUUUGGUGGCAACUGUCAGGCUGACCCACUUAUAAUUUUUGGGCCAUUCUAGAAUUGCUCGUCUGUAUUCAGCCUUGACCUUCAAAUAACUGGCUUUCUUCUAGUGUGCCCAGGUUUCAGGAAACCCUAAGGAAGAAGAAGGGGUGGCCUUUGCUGAAUCACUGGGAACCACCUUGCUUCUUGAAGGGUUUUGUCUCAGCUACAGGGUCCAUAUCUGCUUCCAUACCACCAUAUUUUUGUUGUUGGUGGUUUUUUAAAAAAUUGUUUUUACAUUUUUUAAUGGAAACAUACCUGGUUCUUGACAUUCCUAAAAAAUCAUAAAUCUCUAACCCACCAUUACAGUGUGGCUUUCCUAAACCAAACCAUGCAUAUGAUGAGUCACAUGGAUAUAGGGAUGAAGGAGAAAAGUGCAAGUGGACCAAAGGAAGUAUGACAUGUGCACUUGGGACCUGCCUUGGAUUGGGGAGUUUUGAGAAAGACUUUGGGGAUACGGCAGUCACUAAAAAUCAGAGUACUGUUAUUCUUUCUAGCAUUUCCCAGUCUUAUCUCAUCAUCAUCCUCUUUCCACCUCCAAGUAUUUGUUUAAAAGAUAUGGAAAUAGAAGCCUCCCAGCAGAGUCUGUAACUAAAUCUUCUUGGAGUUAGGAGGAGGGGAAGGCAGCUGCCCUAUGCCCCAGCAAUUAGUGAGACACUUCAGUGGAGUCAUUUCCUGGCCAUUUGGAUGAUCCAUUGGCCACCCACCCAAAUCUAGCCAUAGCCGGACAAGGAGAUAGCAGUGUGUUGCAACUCAGUCUUCUAAGCAGCCAGUGCUAAAGGAAUCUUUUCUAAGAAGUAGCCUCCUGGUUAGCCUGUGCCCCUGGCCCUACCCAGUCUCAGAGAAGAGGGGUAUUUCCAUGUCAUAGGGGUAACUAAUCAUGGUCCAUUUCACAGCUACAGGAUAGGACUUGGGAACAGGCAUCCAGCCUAAAUUCUCAUCCGAAUAUGAAAGUCCUUGGCAGCCUUAGGUAGAUGCUACAGUAGCAAAACGCUAAUUUUCAUGAUGCUAGAUGUGUUGUUUAGACAUACACUACAUAGCAAGGAAGUGGGAGAGGGGGAAAGGGAAGAACUGAGGGAUGAGAGAAUGAAAAAAAAAGUUGAUAUAUUAAGAUUUUCAGUGGAGCCAAUACCACCAAGACAAUAUUUCCUCAACCCCCUGCAAGGUGAAUAAUUGUGUUCCACUGUGAACCAGAAAAGAUGGUACUACACCUUUAAAAUCACCACUAAGAAGACACCAGCCCCAUUUCUAACUUGAACUGUGCCAUUCAAAUCAAUUGCUUCCAAGUUCAGAGUAUAUUACCAAAAAAAAAAAAGUUUCUUAAGUGUCACACACAUAUGCAAUGACCUCAUUGUAUGAAGUGAAGUGUUUUUGUUUUUGUUUCUGUUUUUCCUGGGAUAAGGUACUCUGGCCCUGGUAGUAGAGUUCAGCCUGAGUUAGAGACAAGGCUGGAAUCUCAGAAAGCAGGAUCUCACUAAGAAAACCUGCUCUCCAUCCCUACCUCCAGACAUAGAGAGCUGUCUGGAGCAUGUCCUGUUGCAGGGGUGCUCAAAGCAGGAGGGCAGUGCUUUUCAAAUACUUUUAUCUGUUCUAAAUGUCACCCAUUAAAAAUUCACUGCCCCCCCAAAAUGAUAUUCUGCCAAAUGUAACUUAUAAUCCAAACUCUUUAACAAUUCUACUAUGUUUAUAUUUUUCUAGGUAUUUAUGAUUGUAAAUGUAUCCCUCUGCCCCCACACCCUGGUUUCCUUUGUAGAAAUGUGACCUAUUUGUUGUAUGGAACUUUAGUGAACUAACCAUUCGUCAUGAUUGGGGAUGGGUGAGUCAUCUACAAAAGUUGCCCCUUCUGCUAUCCUCUUUCACCUCCAAGCCAGAGCUGAACCUGGCAAGCUACUGCUUUCGAUUGUCUUGGUCAGGAAGUAGAAGCAUGGAGUGAAAAAUGGCAGUGUACUGAGCCCUUCCUAAAUUCGCACAUUCUGCGACUGGCUUGAGGGAGAUUUUUCAAGAUCCUCAGGCCAGCCAUUUUUCUAGACCAAAGAUUUCUAGACAAAACUCUCAGAUGGCAACUGGAAGGUUGGCUCCUUCAGCUGAUGACAUUUUCAGAAACAUUGGUGUUUCACCCAUCAUCAAACAUGAUCUCUCUUAUGACUAUUCUGUCUGUAUAAAACAUGACUCCAUGGGUAGUAUGUGUAAUAAUGGUAACUUUUAUAUAUUCGUUUAUCUAUAUAAAUCAAGCUUUUAACUAGCAUUUUGAUGAGUCUAGUCCUACUCUGUCUAAGUACAUGAGAUGUAGGCCCUCUGGAUAGCAAGGGGCCCAGACGUGGUUGAAACACCAUAUUUUCAUGGAACAUAAGCCAAAGGAAUGCACUGCCUUCACCAUUUUUCCUCCCUAGGGAGAUGCCCCAGGUUGUGAGAUCUUGAAGGGUAGAAAGAAAAUAAUUGGUGGGGAGAAAAAAGAAAAAGAAAAGAAACCUUUGGAAUCAAAAGACAGACCCUGGGAUAAAUCUUAGGUGGAAUGAACUUAAUCAGAUCAGAUGAAUAGCUUUUUCUUCAGAGAGGGUCCAAAGAUUCGUAGAAUGGCAGAGCUGGAAGGGACUUUGAUCUGGUCCAAGCCCUCAUUCUACAGAUGAGGAACUGAAUUUCAGAGGUGGGGAGUGACUUGCCCGACACCCUACAUUAUGUUAGUCCUAGACCCAGGCCUAGAACUUAGGUCUCCAGUCCCAUAUUUACUAGUCCAGGGCUUUUUUUUUUCUUUCUUUCUUUCCCCACCACUCUACCUCUGUCCCCAUGCUAAUGAUGCUUGGUCCUUAUCUGAAAUCAAAACUUCUAUGGAACAGUACAACUCUCCUAUCUCAUUAGUUUUGCAAAUACCUUCUUGUCUGCUAUCACCAAAUGCUAUUCAAAAUUGGAUUGAGACAACUUGAAUUAGUUGAAAAGUUGUAGAUAAAUAUCUUUUAUAAUCUUUGGAAGGACCCUUAAGAACCCAGAAUGUUAGAGUCAAAGGGGACCUGAGAACAAAAUAUCUUAGUGCUAGAAGGGAGCAUUAGAGAUCGAAGGAACCUUAGAACAGAGAAUCUUUAUAUAGAGAAGGUUAGAACUGAAAGAAACCUUUAGAUCUUAGAAUGCCAGAGCUGUAUGGGACCUCAGAGAGCAUCUUUAUAGAGGAGAUUUAUAAAGGAGGAAGGCAGGUAAAGCUCCUGACUCCAUUUACAAUACUUCAAUAAUUACUAGUACUCCUAAUAGGAAAAUCAGAAGUUAUGCCCUUCUUCCUCACAUUUCCUUUGUUUGACAUUUACGGUGAAGCAAAGGUGGUGAAGUCCCAUCCAACUCACAGAAUAGACUUCUCAUUUACCAAGCCUGUCAAGAUGGGAGUUGAAUUAAGUGGGCUAUUUCUCACUUUAUGGAAAGGAAGGUACCAAGUAGCAAGCAGAGGGGGAAGUAGUUUGCUUCUGAUUGAUUAAGAAACCUGGCAAACCCAGAGAAGGUAGUGUAGUGUACCUGUUAGGACAGAUAAGCCUUCAAGAACUGCUGGUAGAUUCUGAUCUACUGUUGGGGAUCUAUUGACCCCUUAGGUUCCUCUACUGUUGGGGAUCUACUGACCCCUUAGGUUCCUCUAUUAUUGCGGAUCUACUGACCCCUUAGGUUCCCUCCAGCUUAGCAAGUGUUAUGAUUCUGUGAUAGGCUGGGCUGGCUUCUCCUUGAAGCUGGAUUUUAUUAUUCCAUUUUUUUUACCCUCUGGAUGCUCAUUCACUUCCACAAUCCUGCCAGUCAUUGUAACCAAAGUGCCCACGUAAUUAAUCAUCUUUUGAAGAAAUUGGAAUAUACGCAAGUAAGAUCCAAAUAACAUCCCCAGUGACAAGAGGAAAAUGUGAGUGGUUAAAAUAAAAAUUUUUUAAAAGCCUGACAAACAUUUGAAGAAAAGGUUGGCAUUUGAGGGGAGUGACUGAAAAGUUGAGAGGUUAGCUCCCCUUCAGCAUUUCCCCUUUAUUUGUUUUGAUAUGAGGUGCUGAUUAUAAUCUAUACAGCUCUAUAUGUGUGGACCUGUCCAUAGUUCAAGUUCAUCGCCCACUAGAAAAAGCUGUUCAACUGCCAGAUUUCUCUACAAACUCUCGUACCCCUUCUCUGAUGUUUUAUAUGGCUUUCUUUGAUGGCCCCCCUUCCCAUGCUUUCUUUGCCCCUUCUUGAGCUCUGCUUCUGUUGGAUUCCAGCCCCAGGCUCCCUAUCUUGUCCCAUAGCUUCCCCACCCUUAGUGAUCCAUCACCCUUAGUUCAAUAUCCCUUCCCCCUUUUAAGGCAUCAAAUCUGAACUGGCAAGUUAUAUUGCUUUAAGCAUUCUCUUCAGUGCUAGUGGGCCUCUGCCCGCCCACCUUUGCCCUCAGGGCUCCCCUUUUGUCCCUGUGUUUUUAAGGUGUCAUCAACUUGUUAAGGGUCAUAGAAGACAGAGUGGGAACACAGAGGCAGAGCUUUUGAAACAACCCCCAACCAGCAUCUCCAGGUACACUUUUAAUUGUGAGUGAGGGAAGGCCCACCUAGUAAGGCCUAAAAUACCUUCCCCACUGGACAUUCACCAUUCAACAAGGAUCAGACUCAGGACAGAGAAGGCCCCCAGAGUGGGGACCCCAGGCACAAAGCAAGCAUGAAAUUGAACUGACAUAGAUCUCUUUUAGCAUGUGACCAGGUUUUAGGAAAUCUCAACUUUGGAAUCAGAUUCUGUGUGGGUAUUGUAAAUAAUUUUGCAUCUGACAAAAAAGAAAAAAAAACAGAAGGAAAAAAUGGAUUAAAAAAACCAACCCAAAUCUUGGAGGAUUUGGGAGCCAAUCAGAGACAGAGAACGGAGGACUCUGAGGGCAGAAAAACAACAAGAAACAGCAGGAGGUGACCUUCCUGGGUGCUGGAGGCAGCCAGGCCAAGUUCUCCCUGGAAAGACUGUUUUAGUUGGAAGCUGUUCUUCAUUGUUGCAUCGUGAAUGUUACCAGAGUUUUGCUACAUCAGAUGUGACAUCUCGUCUGUGUAUUUGGCUUUAAAAAAAAUGUGGGUUCCUUUAAAAAAAAAUCAUAGCAACUGUGACUGUAUGAUUAGCACACUGGAAAGUGGGGAUCUUCUGUUUCCUCCUUUCAAACACAAAUCUGUCUGGAUAAUCUGAACUUUUUUAAAACUUUAAAGAUAUUUUUAAGACAUUUUCAGCUUUUUUUAAAUUAAAAAAAAAUCCACGAGAGACUGUUCCGAACAGGAAUAUUUGUAUUUGAACAAGAUUUUUGGCAUGUAAUUCAGUCUUGCAGUAUACAAGCUUUGUGUAUAAAUGUUUGAUGAUAUCUCUGUUUGUACUUGGCAAGUUUUUUUUUCUGUUUUGCUUUAUAGAUAAUAUGUAUAUCGAUAUUUUUAAGUCAUCUUUGCUUUUCUUUUUUUUUAGAGAAGUUUGUAAUCACCUUAUAACAGAUAAAAAUAAACCUUUCCUUUAUAAAUCCAA